CACAGUUGUUCUCAUGUUUUUAGUGUUUUCUUUUAAAUAUUACUGUAGACUGCUUCGAAACUCUACGAUUAGUUUGCAGAAGCUGGAAACUGUUUUAACCAUAAAUGGAGGAUCAAUGCGGCAUGGUGGAACCUACAAAUGGCGAAAGUACGCUCAGUUGUUCCCGCUCUUAUCAGGACACGUCGAGUAUUUUAAAUAUGAUGGAUCCGAACUCGUUUAAUAUGCCGCCCCCCAACCUACAUUCCUCAAAGGUGAUAAACCCGAACAAGGCUAUAUUUACGAUAGACUCGAACACGGGACAGAUCUUCAUUGUGAACAACAAAGCGUGCCACUUGUUGGGAUACACGUCCCACGAAUUGCGGAACAAAAGCUUUUUCGACUUACUCAAUUGUAAAUCGGAGAGUCACAUUUCCUCACUGGCGGAAAUGCAAAUUGAUGUCGAUGAGGGCAGGGUCGUCCUGCUCAGCGGCAAAGUGAUAGAAAUGAAGACAAAGCAGAACACCAAGAUAUUGGUCUCGCUCUGGAUUCGACAAAUAGACAACGAGGGACGCAACAUAGCGGUGGCCGAGCCGGUCCAGCGACACAUUUGCCAAAUAAGUAUUGACCGCUUCGGUGCGAUAACCAUGGCCGAUGCUGCCACAGCCACAAUAUUCCUAUACUACGCCACCGAGGAUGUCAUUGGAGUGAACAUCACCACGCUGAUACCCUUCAUAAAGCUCCCAGAUCCGGACAGCAGGGAGAUCUCGAAGGGUCUGCGCAAGCAAAGAGCCACCGGACGCACCACGGACAAUGUGAAAUUCCCUCUGUGCCUGCUGCUAACAACAGCGGAGCCGAAUGCUUCGACGACGUACACCAGCAACACGUGCUUCAACAUAACUGUGUGGGUAUUCCAGAAUCUCAGUGGACUCAUUGUUGUGGAUGAAAUUGGCAACAUUCAGACAUGCAAUCAGCCGUUUUCUGUGCUAAUGUUCGGAUACGGCCAGGAGAAGAUAACCAAAAUGCAUAUUUCCUCGAUACUGCCGAACUUUGGCAAAGAUUUCCGCGAGGACAAGAGCCCAAACGUUUCGAAUACAUCCAUAACCAGCAAUGACUGGGAGCCCGACACGGAUCCUUUUAUCGUUGACAAUGAAUCCUCGCUGCAAUCUUGCAAAAAACUGUCCACCAUCCCACCUGCAAGCGAACAUUCCCUCAACGAUGCGGGACUCAAUGGCGGAGCCCAUGCCCAGGAGAGCAGCAGCGACAUGUUCUCCGAUAUUCGACCACCCGAAGACCUGACAAUCGACGAUAUUUUGACACCGGUGAAUCCCUCGAAGAAGUUUCCCUCGGAUGAGUAUGAGGAGUCACCGACCCACCUGAAGGAGAUGAACCUGGACAAGGCAAAGUCCCCAUCCACAGAGGCAUGUGAUGCCUCCAGCAGUAAUGCAGCCACAAAGCUGCUCAGCUCCAUCAAUGGAAAUUUUCUGGGCGAGGCAAUACACGCCGACGGCACUGUCAUAGACGUUGUCUACUCGGUGCUGCUGCACGUGUUGCCCUGCUCGCGGCGAGUGUACUGCAUUUGGGUGUGCCGAGACCCCUCCAAUCGCUUGGAGAGCGACAAGUACAACUAUGCCAAUCUCACGUCGACAUUCAACAGCAUGGCCAGCACCAUUGAGCAGUCCCUGGGACAGGUGAUUAAGACGACAGCGGCGCAGAACUCCAGCAGACCAAACUCUCUCUCACUGAUGUCCAAGUACGAGGAUGAGCUCUACUCCGGGGACUACAGCAAACACUACACCUCGAUCCGACAGAUUGGCAAGGGAGCCUACGGCUAUGUGAACAUGGCUUUUCGGAACACUGAUCGACUGCUGGUCAUCACAAAGUUUAUUUUGAAGGAGAAGCUGUGCCCGCAGUUCAUGAUUAAGAACCGGGAUGGUAAGGAAGUUCCUAUCGAGAUCCAUCUGCUGCAGACCUUGGACCACAAGAACAUCGUGUCGGUGUUGGAUGUGUUCGAGAAUGAUUUGUUCUACCAGCUGGUGAUGGAGAAGCACGGCUCGGGCAUGGACCUUUGGACGUUCAUCGAGCGUAGGCCAUUAAUGGAGGAGAAGUUGGGCAGCUACAUUUUCCGGCAGAUUGCAGACGCCGUUUACUACCUGCAUGAGCAGAAGAUACUCCAUCGUGAUAUAAAGGACGAGAAUAUAAUCAUUGAUCAUCACUUUAACAUCAAGCUGAUUGACUUUGGCUCAGCGACAUUCAUGGAGGAGGGUAAAUACUUUUCCACGUUCUACGGCACGACCGAGUACUGCAGUCCCGAAGUGCUGGCCGGCAACAGAUAUGUCGGUCCCGAGCUGGAAAUGUGGGCCCUCGGCGUCACUCUGUAUGUGCUGAUGUUCUUUGAGAAUCCCUUUAUCGAUGUCGAAGAUACGGUCAAGGCGGAAGUGCAAAUACCAAAGAUGGUUUCGGAGCAGCUGAGUCGUUUGUUGACCUCCAUGCUGAACAAGGAUCCCAAAUAUCGCUGCACAAUGCUGCAGCUGAUCAACGAUCCGUGGCUCACGCAGGACGUCAGCUCUUCGCAGUUUAACUUCUCGUGGAUUGUGCCGUGCAAGGCGCACGAGGCGGAACCGGAUAUUCACUUCAUGGGCUACUACUCCAGCACAUCCGUUCUGUCAACCAUUUCGCCGCAGGAGAGCUUCUCGCACAUUGAAGACAGCUCCAUUGGGGGGCUGGACGAGGAGGCAAAGCUGCCGGCAACACAAAGAACGGGCCUCAAACUAUGUAAGAACACGGAAGCCAAACACAACAAGAUGGAAACACUUUAUGCAAAGCAAUUUCAAUUGAACUCUUCAAUCAGCAAUCACGAAUUGAGGCUAUCGCUGCCUGCUGCUGCAAGCCACACCGAACCCGGCAAACAGAUAUGCUCCUCAAAGUCGGAGAAUGAUAUAUUUAAACACAAACUGGAACCAUGCGUCUCUGCCUAUAACGUAGUUAGCCUGCACGACGUCAACACGAAACCUAAAACGCUGAACAUGAAGUAAUAGAUUUUGUUUUUAAUUAUUAUUUGUCAAUUUUAAGUAUACUUACACCACUGUAAAUAGAAGCAAAGUCAAGUUGGUAGCUGUAUGUGAAGAAGACAAUUAAAAGGAAGGUUCUGAAAUCUUUUAAAAUGAAGCAAAUAAAUUGAUUAUUA